GCAGCUUGGUGAAGGAAAGAGGAAGAGGGAAGCACAUGGAACCUGCCAAUUCUCUCCACUUUGCACUCUUCAGUUGCAACACAAUGGCUCUUUUGUAUUUCAUCUUGUUCAUGGCUUUCCUCCCUGUUUCUGAGAUGCAGACAUUCGGGAUUACAAUAGAAGGUGAGGCUUUUGUUGUAAGGUGUCCUAAUGCAAACGAUUCUGAGGCUGUGAAUUGGCAGUUUGGUGACACAAGCGUCUCUAUAGACCCAACAGCACGAGUACAUUCUUCUGGGAGCAAGCUUUGGUUUCUGCCAGCAUCCCCUGAGGACACUGGAGAUUACACUUGUGUGCGAUAUCAAUAUUAUCCUCAAGUGACUAAAACAGUGAAAGUGAGAGUACAUCCACGUGUUGAAGGCAUUUGUUAUUACAAGGAUGCUCUUGAUAUACAAGCAAGAGGAAGCCGUGGAUCUGGUAGAAUUGUUUGCGCUCCUUAUAGGGACUAUUACAAUGCAUCUGAUAUGAAGUGGUACAAGGACUGUCAACUUCUUUAUGGAUCAAGAUACAAAAUAGCUAAUAAAUUUCUUUACAUUUCUGAUGCAAAUGAAAAUGACAAUGGAUAUUAUACUUGCGAAUUUACAUACAGCCAUGAUGGGAAAAAAUUUACUGUAUCUGCAACAAGGGCCUUUAAAAUUGUAGAAUUAUCUUCACCAAGACCUAUUGAAGUUUUAUCUCCAAUAGAUGAUAAAGAAGAAGUAGAGAUUGGUGCUUCUAAGACACUUUUAUGUAAGGCAUGGCUGGGCCUUGGAAAGCAAAUCUUAGCCCUGAGCAGAUGGGAACAUGAAGGAGAAAAUGAUUCAAAUCGCUUUGUUACUUCCAACAGAUCGGAUGUGAUAUCUGGCAAAGGACAGUUUACAGAGGCUACAUUAGAAAUCAAGAAAGUGAGAAAAGAAGACCUUGGCACAACCUUCACAUGUAUCCUGGCCAAUGAUAGGGGGUACAAAAAAGUAAAUGUAACAUUGGUAGCCAAAGGGACAGUUAAAGGUCACAGCAACACCUACGUGAUUGUGGUGUUUGUUAUUUUAAUGGUUGUUAUAAUGAUAUUGGUGAUGGUUUACCGUUUUUUUCGAGUUGACAUUGUCUUAUGGUACCGAAGAGUAUUUAACUGCACUGGAUCAAAGGAUGAUGGGAAAAUACAUGAUGCAUAUGUCAUCUAUCCCACAAAUCAUAUAAAUGCCACUUAUGAAAAUAAUUUUAUGGGCUCUUUUGUUCAUCAGAUUCUACCAGAGAUUUUAGAAAAUCAAUGCGGAUAUAAAUUGUGUAUUUAUGGGAGAGAUGUGUUGCCUGGAGAAGAUGCUAUUGAUGCAAUUGAGAACAGAAUACAAAACAGCAGAAGACUGAUAAUCCUUCUAACAAAACAGCUGGCCAGGAAUGAACAUAUUGCAUAUGAGCAUCAGAUCGCACUAUACAAUGCCCUAAUCCGAAACAAUGUAAAAGUAAUUCUAUUGGAAAUGGAGAAAAUGGGAGAAUAUGCACAACUACAGGACUCUCUCAGGCAUAUCAUUCAUCAGCAAGGAACUAUAAAAUGGAAAGCAAAAUACAUGGCCUGUCCAUUCAUGCCCAACUCUGCAUUUUGGAAACAUGUGGAGUACCAAAUGCCACUGAGGCGUAGUCACUGCACAGUGAAUUCCGCAUACCAUUUGCUGUAAAGAACUCCACAAAAGUGACUAGCUUGCAAGAAAGUUUACUAGCCUGCUGUGAGCAGGCAGAGGGAGGGAGGGAGAGUUUUGCAGCCUACUGUAUUUCCUUGCCAGGUACAGGGGAGGGAUGGAGCACUCUGCCCUUUUUCUGCCAGCCCAUUCACUAGUUGGCAUUUGGUUCCCUGUGGCUUGUGGCUUUGAGGCUUGCACUUAAAUACAAGGCUGUAAACAAUUUUUUAUGUUUUUAUUUCUCAAGGAAACAGUCUAUUCCCUCCUUCAAAACAUUGUGCCCUGGCCUGGAUCUUUUCAAAUGUAUAUAUUUAACCUAGCCUUCCUCAGCCUAGUGCUCUCCAAAAGAUUUGGACUACAACUCCCAUCAGCCCGUCACCACAGCUUGAUGGAAGCUGUAAAUCCUCUGGAGGGCACCAGUUUGGGGAAGUGUGAUGUAACCAUAAGUAGAUACAUACAAAACUAUGGCUUAAUCCAUCUUUCUUUGUUUUUUCUAGGCAUACUUGGAAGCAGCUAAGCCAGUAGCAGAUGGCGUGAUGAGGUGGAGGCACUUACCUAACCUCCCAGCAGAUGAGUCCCUGCUGUUUACCAGGAGGGAGUGCGCAAGGAGGACAGCAUGGUGAAAACACACCAGCAGAUCAACAGGUUGACUAGUGUGUUUGCACUGUGCCAACCUUGCUGCCACCUUGCCCUUCCGCCUCUUGGUAAGCAGCAAUAACUCACCUGCUGGGAGGCCAGGUAAGGGCCUCUGACAUGCCACACUGUCUGCUACUGAGCUAAGCUGACUAUUUUAAAAAAAAUGUAAAGCAGAGAUACUUACUCCAUGGUCCAUAUUCAGCACCUCCAAAAGAGUUUUGUCAUUCUCCCAAGAGACCCCCCUAAAUGUGCCUUUUAAAAAAUGGUUACUCUUUUUCAAACAAUAUAUAUAUAUAUAUAUAUAUCACUCCUAUAGGUCCCCUGCUGUGAUGCCAAGAGUUUUUGUGAUCCCUGCAAGACUUGCUGAAAAUGUUUCAAUUUUUAAAUUUAUUUUUUUAAAACAAUAUUUUGCUGAUUGCUCCAUAGGUCUCCUGUUGUGAUACAGUGAUGGCUAAAGUUUUUUUUGUGCCCCCCCCCAUUGGUCCAUUAAAAAAAUAUUACUUUUUAAAAAAAAACUCAAUUUAACAAUGAACAAUGGAUUAUAAAAAUGAUUUAAAAUAGUGUAGAAUAACCGACUGGAAAUUCUUUUGAAAGGCCUCGAGAACUGGAGUUUUCAACACACCCACUUAUACAUUUUGGCUGUGCCCACUUUGAUAUGCAGCACUUGGAGAGUUGGCUAUGGCUCAAUGUGGCCCUCAGCCUUACUUCAAAGAAUCCCAGUGUUUUUUUAAGAAAUAGUCAGUUACAGCCAGUACCUGGGGCUCUUGGCAGAAAAAAGCAUCUGCCUAGACACUUGCCACAUAUUCAUCCCUAGGUGUGGAAUGGUCUCUUCAGAGAGGUUCGCGUGAUGUCUAACUGUUUUCAGUCCAAAGCUUUUUGUGUAUAUAGGUGCAUGUGUGCAGAUUUGUUAAAUAGUUUUAAUCCUACUUACUGCUCCGUGCUGUUUUUAUGAUUUUUGUUACUUUUAGAUUCUUGUGGGUGCUUCCAGAUGGGUAUUUAUUCUGGGAUUGGUGCUGCUCAUACAAAUGUUUUACAACAUUUACACAAUGUCAUGUCAGCAUGUAUUCCCCCUCUCUUCAUUCAAUCCAAAAUUACGCUGUAGGCAGAAUAUCUGACAAACUGAAAAACAGCCAUGACCUGCUGACAACAUCCCAUUUGCAAUAUCUGAGUGAGGUCCAGUUUUCAAGGGAUGUAAGCCUCCAUCUGAAAGGGCUUUUACUUGUCAUAUUUACAUUAUCACUGUUUUCUUCUUUUUGUAAACUGCCCGGGGAAUAUAACUGGUGGUAUAAAAAUACUUACAGCAAAUAAAAU